AUGAGAGCUGUGCCUAUGAGAGCUGUGCCUGAUGAGAGCUGUGCCUAUGAGAGCUGUGCCUAUGAGAGCUGUGCCUAUGAGAGCUGUGCCUAUGAGAGCUCUGUGAGAGCUGUGCCUGAGAGCUGUGCCUAUGAGAGCUGUGCCUAUGAGAGCUGUGCCUAUGAGAGCUGUGCCUAUGAGAGCUGUGCCUAUGAGAGCUGUGCCUAUGAGAGCUGUGCCUAUGAGAGCUGUGCCUAUGAGAGCUGUGCCUAUGAGAGCUGUGCCUAUGAGAGCUGUGCCUAUGAGAGCUGUGCCUAUGAGAGCUGUGCCUAUGAGAGCUGUGCCUAUGAGAACUGUGCCUAUGAGAGCUGUGCCUAUGAGAGCUGUGCCUAUGAGAGCUGUGCCUAUGAGAGCUGUGCCUAUGAGAGCUGUGCCUAUGAGAGCUGUGCCUAUGAGAGCUGUGAGAGCUGUGCCUAUGAGAGCUGUGCCUAUGAGAGCUGUGCCUAUGAGAGCUGUGCCUAUGAGAGCUGUGCCUAUGAGAGCUGUGCCUAUGAGAGCUGUGCCUAUGAGAGCUGUGCCUAUGAGAGCUGA